UGGAUAAGAUGAUAUACUGUUAGCUUGUCAUCAUCGAUUCAGAGCUCAGUUUCACUUCCAUGGCUUCCUUUCACUGCUCACUCUCACUCUCACUUCCCUCACUCCCCAAACUCUCCACCACCGUUCGCUUCUUUUCAUCAUCCACCCAAACCUCAAGAAUCCGAGCCUCAUCAUCCUCCACCUCAACACUCGAAGAAGAUGCAGCCGCCAUGAGCAUCGACAACCUCCGCCGCUUCAUCAACCUUAACAAGGGAAAGUGGAAUGGCUCUUUCUAUCAAUUUGAUUCUCGUGGGAAUAUGUUGCAGCAAGUGACCACCAAGCUUUCAGCUAGCUCUUAUGGUGAAGAUGAACUCAUGAGUCUCAUUCAAACGCUGUAUAUUAAACAACCUUCAUCAAGCACUUCAACUUCUGGAGAUGAUGAUAGUGAUGAUGAAUGGGCGGAGUACAAAAUUAAAGAAACCAAUAUGUUUACGGUUGACAAAUAUCAACAAAUAGGCUUUUUUCCAUCUGAAAGAGCAUUUGCACUGAGGUACCAAACAGCUGGUAUGUUGGAUACAGUAUUAAGGCAAGGGGUUCUUGGAGAAGAUGACACUGGUGAAGAAUCACCUAGAAAUCUUAAGCUUCCCUCUCGUCGACCAUCUAUUGUAUGUGAGAAUUGCCUGUACUCUCUACAGAGAGAUAUGCGAGCAAGAGCCUUUCACAUUUUGGAGCCAAAAGGCACUGUAGAUAUGCUUCUCCUCUUUCUAGAGGAAAGAACUGACGGGUCUCAUCCUCUACUUGAAAGUUCUGGGGACAUGAAGAGUAGGAUUACACCUUUUAUUGGUAAAUGGAAAGGUCAUUCCAUGACAAAACGAAGUGGGGUUUAUGGAUCUACAAUUGCUGAAGCUGAUACAGUUGUGUUACAUGAGAUGGAUAGCAACGGGCAACUUAUUCAGGAUGUUACUUCUACAUCUCAUGGGGAAAAUGUUACUACUACCAACGUGCAUUGGACUGGCGCAAUAUCUGAAAAUUUGGUCACAUUUGAUGGUGGUUAUCAGAUGAUACUUUUACCUGGUGGCAUGUAUAUGGGAUGUCCUUAUGAUGUAGCAAAAAGUGUAGCACAGUCAAAAUCUUUCCAUUUAGAGUUCUGUUGGUUGGAGACACCUGAUAAGAGGCAAAGACUAGUUCGCACAUAUGACGUUGAAGGCUUGGCUGUUUCAUCUACUUAUUUUCUUGAGACUAGAUUGUAAUCCUCUGUUAUCUCCCCCCCCCUCUUCAAAUAGUUGUGAUUAUGAAGAUGGCUCCUUUUAUUUAUUCUGUAUCCAUUGAUUGAAUAUGAUUGGUUCAUAUAUUUAAUUGAGCUUCUGAUGGGAACAUAUA